AUGAAACUGCCCGGUGGAGACAUCUUCCUAUUUCGAGGUGUGAUGUUGAAGAGGUCGACGCAUGAAUUACUGUCACAAAACACAGUCAAGUCGGACGCUAGAAGACAACUUCUAGAAAUGGCGCCAGAGGACCAGGGUGACGCAUCGCCACAAACAACAGCCAGUGACGAAGACAAGGGGACGGUGAAUCAGGCUUCUCCCUGCGUUAUUGAGAUUCAUGACUCCACGAAUGAGUGUGAGGAGGAACCGAGACACAGUCCAGUGCAGAUGGAAGAGAAGGCGUUUAUAUCGAGGCUGCACUCUUUUAUGAAAGCCAGAGGCACGCCCAUAGAGAGGAUCCCACAUCUCGGCUUCAAACAGAUUAAUCUUUGGAAGAUCUACAAAGCCGUUGAGAAACUUGGGGGCUAUGAUUCAGUGACAGCCGGACGCUACUGGAAGAAAGUGUACGACGAGCUGGGAGGGAGCCCCGGUAGCACCAGCGCAGCUACCUGCACCCGUAGACACUACGAGAGGCUCGUGCUGCCCUUCGAGAGACACAUCAAGGGGGAAGAGGACAAACCUCUGCCUCCGAGCAAACCACGGAAGCCCUAUAAGAGAAAUCUGGAUGGCAAGAUGAGCAAGGCUGAAGUGAAGAGGAAGAGGACUCAGUCGGACAGGGAGCUGGAUUCUGAGAGGAGUCCAGAGGCCGCUUGCCAAGGUGACGCUGGGAUGCAUCCCCACUCCUCUCUCUGGGCCUCUACCUCUGACAGACACCAUGCAGAGCGCCCGCAGCCGAGCAGAGCCCCCGCCGACCUUUGCUCCUCCGUCUUCGCCCACCUUCUCCCAAUCCCCACGGCACCCUCCUGGACCGCUCAUGUCCCAUCUGCAGCCGGGGAAGUCAUCUCCCCCCUGGAGAAGAAAAAGCGAAUGGCCCAGGCCAGCCUUAACUUGCCCAUGAGUCCACAGGGCGAGGACAAAGAAAGGCCCUCCGUCAUCCAUUGCCCCCAGUCGCCGGCUCGCGCCUCCUCCGGCCAAAACUGCAACUCCUCUGAUGGCUCCCCGCUCCCUCUGUCCUCCUCUUCCUCCCGUAGCCCUUCCUCUUCAUCCAUUUUAUCAGAGGACAGCUCUACAGAGAAUGAGGACAAACCCACAUCAGCUUCUGAGCCACCCCAUAACUGUUCCAGCACUGCUAAAACCACAUCCAGUUGUAGUGAGGAUAGCAAGUCUGCGAGCUGUAGUCAGAUAUCGAAAGACCCGGCAGGAGGCGAUAAAGACGCCUCUCACAUCGGCUCCCAGUCACUGGCAGCCGACUCAAAAAAGAGUCAGCUUAAGGACCACGCCUGGAAGCCGAACCACAAAGCUGGGAACAAAUAUCUACCCCAUCCUGUGCACUUACCUCCCUCUUUCACUGACUGGGCUCCAACAUCUACCUCUAGUUUCACGAAAGUUAUUCCAAAAUCCAUGCAGCUUCUGCGUCCGGCGCCGGUUCGGCCCGCCUAUAAGACCUACCCAGGCCGGGCGGUCCAGCAGGACGAUUCCCUGCCGUGUGCAAAGGAGAUGAACAGUGUGGUUUCCCUGUUUUAUCCGACAGAGAAGAGGGACAAGUCCAGGACAAUGCUACAAAAGGUUGCGCUGGCUCAGCAGAGCCCGGCUCACGCCACCAGCACCGCCGUGCCCAUGCCGUGCGUGCUGUCGAGCUACGACAAGCCGGGAAGGGAUUCCCGACACCACCCUCCGCUGCACUCGGCAUAUCUCCCCGCCAGAAUGAGACUACCUCCGUCACAGCUCAUGUACCGUCACGUACCCGUGGCCCCAGCACACCCGGCUGUCAUCGGGCCCGCUGUGUACCCGUACCCCUACCCCAUUCCUAUGCUGAGCCCGCAAACGGCAUACGCCUGUGCCCUACCUGCCAUUUACUCCCACAAGCUGUGAUUCUGUGUUUUCAUGCUAGCGUACAUGUUGAGCUGAAAGUUGAAUCAGUCUGGACAAUGCGGAAGGCAGCCAGGCAGCUUAAAUCAACAAAUAGCUAGUCAACCCAAAUCAAAAAACACUGAAGGGAAAUGAUCAGUGAUGCUAAAGAUAUUUAUAGAAACUGCAUUUAAACACAUAGAAGAACUGAGAAAUAUGUGACAAACGGAUAUUCACUCACAUCUGCAUUUUAUAGACAUUUUUAUGAUUAUAGUUACAAUAAAUCACUUGAUUUUCCCCUGCACAGUUUUACUUUAGUUUUAUUUGGACAGGAAAUAAAUCUGUUCUGUCCUUCAUGGUACUGUAUUGUGAGGCUUGCUGAACCCAGUGUUACUGUAAUAAUUAUGUAUAGUGUGCCUUGUUUGUUAAAUAUUUUUGAAUUUCUUGCAUACAGCUACUGUUACUAAAAUGUAUUUAAACUGAAUUAAAAUGAAUGACGGUUAACAAAUAUAAGCAUUUGUUUUUUUAA